AUGAUCGAAGAAGAGAAAUAUUAUAAAAGCAUGGAAGAAUCGAACGAUGAAUGUUAUAAACAAAUCCUAUGCUUCAAUGAUUGUAUCCAACAUCAUGAAAGAAAUUUUCUAAUCAAAAUCAAUCCAAUAGAUCGAUUACGUUUCUGUAUAUUAUUAGUUCUGAUCUUGACAUCUCAGUCCAAUGCUCUGCCAACUCCUCCGAGUAGAUACGACACAUAUCCUGUUGCUAUGGUUCAAAUUGUCGAUCGCGUAACCACAUCGACGUCUCAUCCACAAGUGAAUUCAUACAAAAUCUACCGACGUAUUCCUCACUCGAGUUAUUCGAAUCAUGCUGUUGAGCAUGCGUAUAGUCCAACGAAUAUCAAUCCUCAACAAGAGUUCAAACGUGAACGAUAUCGACGCACAAUGAUCGAGCGAUUGUUUACAAGUUUCGAUGAAGAUGUUAAUGGGCAAUUAUCAAAAGACGAAUUGUAUUCAUUGAGUUUGCGCUUAAAUAUUUUCCCAAAGUUUCAUCGGUUUCUUAAACAAACAUCAACAGGAAAAUAA